AUGGAAGACGAAAGCCUGUGGGAGCGAGAAUAUAUGAAUUGUAUACGUAGAAGCUGCGGAAGCCGUCGUGGGAAGGCGGACCGCGCGGGCGCGGAGGAGAGUUUGGGCUUCGAGCGCGCAGGCGGUGUUUCUUGGAUCGUGUCCGUCUCGUCUGUUGGCCGUCGUCCGCGCCUGCCGCUGCCUGUCUUUUCUCCAACCGUGCAUGUAGCCGCAGAAAAUACCCAUUCUGACCACCGCCGCUCUUUGAAUCCAACCCCACCCUCUCGCCAGACAAUGCGCAUCCAAGCGCACCACUACUCCCGGCGGCAGGACGACUCGCUGACAGUCCCCACCGCCGCCGGCCUCGGCGCCGCCCAAACAGCCGCGGCAACCGGCGCCGCACAGACCGGCUCGCUCCUGCUCGACGGCGACGCAGCCGCGGCCACGGCGUCGGUAACGGCCGACCUCGUCGUCGGCUCCUCCGCCGUCGUCGUCACCACCUCCGGCGCCUCCUCUCUGCCCUCGUCCUCGUCGACCGGCGUGGCACAUGCCGCGGCGUCCGGCAGCAGCGGCAAGAGCGGGCUCGGCACCGGCGCGAUGAUCGGCAUCAUCAUCGCCGCGUUCGCCGGCGUUUUACUCGUCAUCCUCGUCGUCUACUUCUCCCUGCGCCGCCGCUGGGCCUCCGCGCUCGACAAGGCGCAGCGCGCGCGCCAAGCGCAGCCGUGGGCGAAGCUGGACGACAGCGGGCAGGGCGACGUCUGGGAGGGCAUGGAGAAGAAAUCGUCGGCCCCGGCGACGACCGCGCGGUCGAACACGACCAAGAGCGUCGACACCAGCGCGCGCCUGUCGCUCUUCCGCAAGGCGUCGUCCACCCGCUCGGGGAUCGACGACAACAAGAGCCGCCUGAACCAGUUCGACCCGUCGACGAUGCCCAACUUCGCGACCUACCACCCGGACCUCGCCGCGGAGCUCGCGAACGAGGAGGUCGCGCCGCCCUCGCGCCCGUUCGCCCAGGGCCGCGACAACGACUCGGAGCGCACGCGCGGGACCGACAGCUUCCUUAGCCUGCGCCUCUCGGACGGCUCGCUCGCCGGCGCACUCGUCAAGACCGUGCCUCCGCCCUCAGCAGCAGUGCCCGCCCUGCACCGCUGGGAAAGCGCCGAAGUACUCACGAUGGACAGCGACUCUAUGUACGCUACAACGUCCAACGCAGACUCCUCCUCGCCCCUGGCUAUGCACGCCCAGUCGAACCCCUUCGCGGACGACUCUGCGCCAGUUGACUUGGGCCGCACCAAGAGCGGGCGCAACCCCUUCUUUGGCGGCGCGCACGAGAACCCGUUCGCGGACCAGCGCCGGCGCAGCCGCGCCGCGUCCGAGGCGACGCGCCGCUCAGAGGACGCGCCGUCGCUAUACCCCCUGAAUCUCGACCCGGGCGUCACGGUGCCGCUCCCGGCCGUGCGCCGCGAGAGCAUCUCGAGCGUUGAGACUGUCCGCGCUGGGCCUGCGCGGCCCGAUAGCUCUGUCCGCCCGCUGUCGAACCAGAACCCGAGUCCUACUGCGGGCCCGGGGUCGAGCGCGGGCAUGCAGGGGUUGUUGGCGGCGCUGCAGGGUGGAGAGGAGAAUAAGCGGGGGAGCUAUGCGAGUAGCUAUCCGCCGACGGAGCGGAGCAGUGUUGCGAGCUGGGGCGGGCAGGCGAUGUGA